ACCGCGGCGCCCCAAUCUCCCAUCCGCCCCGUCUCAACUCAGCGCCAUGGAUCGCGACCGCCACCGACGCCGCCGCCACGACACCGACGGACAUCACCACCACCACAAGGCUCGGGAUUCCGUGGGACGCCGCGAUUCGGCCGACCGCGAGCCGCCGUCACGGAAACGAAAGGACCACGACAGCGGCCGGGAAGGGGGGAAGCGGCCUAGGGCCUCAGCGGAUCCGCCUCCGAGGAAGGAGGAAAGGCCACGGCGAGAGCGCAAGAAGCUUGAGUCAGGUGCUGCUAAUGGAGAUCCACAGCGCGCCACAGCGCCUAAUCGCGGUGCUCUCAAUUCUGCACCUGCUGUUGCGGUGCCAUCUGCUGACCCUGUUCCUUCAAAGAUGGAACUGCAAAUUCAUCCGCUGGCAGAAGUGGCAACUUAAGUCUUGAUGCUUUAGCGAAAGCUAAAAAGGCUUUGCAGCUGAAGAAGGAAUUAUCAGAAAAACUCAAGAGAUUACCUGCGAUUCCUUCACAAGAGAUUGCUACUAAGAUGGGAUUUCGCCAAGAUCCACAGUAUGCACCUUGUAUCAGCAUGCUCCCUGGUACAUCCAGUGGACUGAAUGUUCCUCAAAGACCUGCCAAGGCCCCUGUUCUCCGUCUUGAUGCUCAAGGUAGGGAAAUCGAUGAGCAUGGAAAUGUUAUCAGCAUGACCAAGCCAAGCAACCUGAGUACUCUGAAGGUCAACAUUAACAGCAGAAGAAGGAUGCAUUCCAGAUUAUCAAACCAGGCUUGGAGUCACUUGCAAAAUCUACCGUUCAUUUUGAUGAAAGGAUGGGCAUCAACCCAACCAAGCUUCUUCGUCCUAAAAGGCCAGGAUUCCUGUUUAUUGAGGGAGGCAAUCUUUCGAGGCAGGCUGAAUUGCAGAGGAUUAAGAAUCAAUUUGGUGAAGCACAAGCCAAAGAACAUAAAGUAAAGCAAGCUCAACUCGCCAAGGCAAAGGUCGAAGUUGACAUGAAUCCAAACCUAAUUGAAAUUGCCCCUGGUGGAAGGCCUCCGAAGCAGAAGCAGAAGGAAGAGAUUCCUGACAUUGAGCCAUGGGACUCAAAAAUCCUGAUAUCUGCCACGUAUGAGGACAUCUCCUUGGAAAAGCUUAAUAUGGAUAAGAUCACCAUCUACAUGCAACAUCCAGAGCCAUUGGAACCACCGGCUGAGCCCGCACCACCACCGCCUCAGCCUCUUAAGCUUACUAACAAUGAGCAGAAGAAGUUUAGAACACAGAGGCGCCUCGCUAUGGAAAAAGAUAGGCAAGAAAUGAUUAGGCAAGGCCUCUUGGAGCCACCAAAGCCCAAGGUCAAGAUGAGUAACCUUAUGAAAGUACUUGGUGCACAAGCUACACAGGACCCGACACGCAUGGAGAUGGAAAUACGAGCAGCUGCUGCAGAGCGCGAGCAGGCUCAUGUCGACCGCAACAUUGCCCGCAAACUCACGCCAUCUGAGCGCCGUGAGAAGAAGGAGAGGAAGCUUCUUGAUGAUCCUGACACAUUAGACUAUUUCACUGUUUGUGUGUACAGAAUCAGAGACCUGUCGCACAGUCAGACACGCUUUAAAGUGGACAUGAACGCCCGAGACAACCGGUUGACUGGAGCUGCAGUUACCACGGAUGGCAUAAGUGUUGUGGUUGUGGAAGGAGGGGUGAAGUCGAUCAAGAGGUACAAUAACCUGAUGCUGAACAGGAUUGACUGGGCUGCUGCAGUUGGUGGCGAGGAUGCCGCUGACGAGGAGCCGGUGAAUAGCUGUGCAUUAGUAUGGCGAGGUAGUGUGGUGAAGCCCGCCUUUCCCAGGUGGUUCGGUGUGCGUAAGUGCCUGAGUGAGGCUUCUGCCAAGAAGGUGUUUGUAGAUGCUGAAGUUCCACACUACUGGAACCUGGCUGUUAACUUCCUCGAGGAUUCGUCUUGAGCUCAAACUUCUGUUCAAGACAAUGAGAGCGAUUGCUGUGGAUCACUCUAUACUUUGUAUUGUCAUGAACAUGUCAUUUUCAGACUGUAGAUGAACCGAGCGCGUGAAAGAGCUGUAGGGUUUUUGCAAUAUGCUUUCAAAUAAGAUUGUGCAGGCCUUGAAUAUUUUGUAUGUUGCGAAUUAUAAUUUAUGGACGUUACGUAA